AUGGACACGACCACCCCUGAUUGGACCAGUCUUCCAGACCACCUUCUCGCCUCCAUCGCAGAUCAUCUCCCCACACGAAUCGAUAAUCUUCGUUGUCGCGCCGUUUGUAAAUCAUUUCGCUCCUCAAUUCCUCCUCCGCCCAAACCUCUAUCUCCACACGCUAACCUUAAAUUUUCCUUGCCAUCACUUCCAGUUCCAGGCUGCCGCGGACACUUGGUGCUCGCCGAGUUCACUUUUUAUGCCAUCAAACCCCUUCCCAGUAUCUUUAAUCCACACCAAAUUACGUAUACAUGGUUAGUCAAAAGCGAGGAAUUGCACUCUGGCAAAGUUCGAUUAGAGGAUCCGCUUUCUAGACGUCGUCUUAGAAACUUGUCCAACAAGGUACCCGAGUCUGAAAAGUUACCCCAGUCUUUGUACUUGUUGAAUUAUCAGGUCAAGGAAGUAGCUAAAUCGUAUAGACUUGAACAAGUUUAUCAAGGUAAAGGUAUUAAUAGAAGGAAGCCUGUUGUUUUCGGAAAGGCGGUUGUGUCUUCUUGCCAUGAUGAGAGUGAUGAUGGGUUCGCCGUUAUGACGAUAAUAAAAGGAAUGGUGCUGGUUUGGAGAAAUGUAGACAAGAAAUGGACUAGAAUAGACAUGAAUUAUGCUUAUUUUCAUGAUAUAAUUUAUCAUAAUGAAAAGUUCUUUGCUGUGAUGUUCCAUGGUAUUACUGUAACUGUGGACUCUAAGUCUUUGACAGUUUCUCAAGUUGCUGGCCCACAGCAGCUUGAUCGUUUCUGGGUUUGGCCGUACUUAAUAAAGUCCUCCCUGGAUUUGUUUAUGAUUAUGCAGAGCUGGCAUCGGCGAAAUCAACAAUUUGAAUUCAAGGUUUAUAAGCUUGACGAAGAGAAACGUGAGUGGGUUGGGGUGAUGGAUGGAUUGGAGGAUUCAGUGUUUCUUGUUGGUGAUGAUGAUUCAUUCUCUCUUUCUGCUAAAGAGUUCCCAGGAUGUAAAGGGAAUUGUGUUUAUUUCAAAGAAGCUCCCUUUAAAGUUUCUGAUUGUCACCCUGGAACCGAUGGUUGGAUUUUUGACUUGAAGGAUGGAACAGUUGGAGGCCUCUCUGCUUUUCCAGGCUAUUCUAACAUCUUUUGGCCUAGACCAACUUGGGUGGAGUAGUGAUUCACCUUACGAAUUGCUUAAAUUUUAAUUCAAAACGUAUGGAGUCCUUUGUC